AUGGUUGUGGUACAAAGACCAAAGACAGACAAAAAAAACACGUACAGAAAGCCAGACAGAAAUACGUACAGAAAGACAGACAGAAGAAACACGUACAGAAAGCCAGACAGAAAUACGUACCGAAGGUCAGACAGAAGAAACACGUACAAAAAGCCAGACAGAAAUACGUACCGAAGGUCGGACAGAAGAAACACGUACAGAAAGCCAGACAGAAAUACGUACCGAAGGUCAGACAGAAGAAACACGUACAAAAAGCCAGACAGAAAUACGUACCGAAGGUCGGACAGAAGAAACACUUACAGAAAGCCAGACAGAAGAAACACGUACAGAAAGCCAGAUAGAAGACAAAGGGAUGGUUAUUCAGAUUCCCGAAGAACCUUCUUACCUGUCCAAAUACUGGAUUUUAUUUAUUGUUGCUGUUGUCUUCACAACCAUCGCAUUAGCGAUAUCAAUACACAUUAUAUUGAAAAUGAAAAAAAAAGGAUGUACUCGGACACAGGCACAGGACCAAAUAUGCCUAAACAUAUUGAAUGAUAAUUCAGAAAACGCUAUUUCUAACGAAAUCAUUAUUGAUCCUGCUAACAUGUACAUUCAUUUUACUGAUCCGAAGUACAGA